AUGUCGUCGAUGAUUACAACCACAGCCUGGGUGCGACGGGGUGUCGCAGCCCAAUUUCCCACAAAAUAUGAAAUCGACGAGGACGAGAUGAACCGCAUAUCUAAGCUGGCUCGUAUGCAAUUGGAGGAUGCCCAGGAAGACCUGAGUGCGGCAAAGGCGGGCCAGACGAAUGACGAUGAUGAUGAUGCCGCCAUGGACGAAGACUCCAAGGAGACAGACAAGAUGGAGGAGGAUGAUACCAAGCAGACAUCGAAAGGUGGAAACGAGACGAAAUCAACCACAGACGAUGAUGACGUUCUGAAGGAAUUCGAUAUGGAUCACUACGACAGUGAUGAUGUGGAUGAGUCGGGCGAAAAGGUCACUCGGUUCGGCAACGUACAGUCGCUGGCUUAUCACCAGCCCAACGAGGCGGAUCCUUACUUGGUCAUCCCCGAGGACGAAGAGGAUGAGGAACGCGAGGAGCUUCAAAUCUUGCCAUCGGAUAACCUGCUUCUUGCUGGAAAGGUCGAGGACGAAGUCGCCCACCUCGAGGUCUACGUUUACGAAGAUCACGCCGACAACCUGUACGUUCACCACGAUAUCAUGCUUCCGGGCAUUCCCCUCUGCGUGGAGUGGCUCGACAUUCCCGUUGGAAAAGGCAGCGAGGGACGUGAGACAGGAAACUUUGUGGCUGUUGGUACCAUGGAGCCCGACAUUGAAAUCUGGGAUCUGGAUGUGGUCGACAGCAUGUAUCCCAACGCCAUUCUGGGACAAGGCGGCCAGGACGUUGCCAGCGCCGGAUCGGCCAAGAAGAAGUCCAAGAAGAAGUCCAAGGCGAAUGACGAGUACCACAUCGACGCCAUUCUGGCUCUCGCGGCCAACCGUCAGCAUCGAAACUUGUUGGCGUCCGCUUCUGCGGACCGCACCGUCAAGCUGUGGGACUUGAACACUACGAGCUGCGCCAAGUCAUACUCACACCACACUGAUAAGGUCUGCUCACUCGACUGGCACCCUCGGGAGUCGACAAUCCUUCUCAGUGGCUCCUACGACCGUACCGUGGUGGCUGCCGACAUGCGAGCCCCCGAUGCCAAGGCUCGCUGGGGCGUCGAUACCGACGUGGAGAAUGUGCGCUGGGAUCCCCAUGACCCGAACUUCUUCUAUGUCACCACCGAUGGCGGUAUGGUCUACCGCUAUGAUGUUCGCAAUGUUCCUGCCUCUCCGGCCGAGUCUAAGCCUGUCUGGUCGCUUCAAGCCCACGACUCUUCCGUUUCGUCCUUCGACAUCAACCGCACGAUUCCUGGAUUCCUGGUCACUGGUUCUACAGACAAGGAAGUCAAACUGUGGAACGUGGAGAACGACAGGCCUAACCUGGUGGUCACCCGAAAGCUUGACGUUGGCAAGGUCUUCUCUACUGGCUUCGCUCCCGAUCCCGAGGUGAGCUUCCGCCUUGCUGUGGCUGGUAGCAAGGGCACUGUUCAAAUCUGGGAUGCCUCUACAAAUGGAGCUGUGCGCCGAACGUUCGUUUCCCGCAUGCCCGAUCUGGCUGGCGAUGUACCUGAACGCAUCACCGGUGUGGGCGCGGACGAUGAUGAGUCUGAUGACGAGGAGGGCGCGGACGAGGGUGCUGAGGGGGCCGCGGCUGGUGGCCCUGAUGGUUGGGAGUCCAUGGACGAGGAGUAA